AUGGAAGACGUUGGAAAACAUGAUUUACGUUACGGCUAUUUAGUGAAAUAUGUUACUUUAUCGGAUGAUGAACUAGUUGAUGAUGACAGUGACAGGGACAGUUGCAACCUGAGCGACGGGGAGAUCGACAACGAAGAGACUAAUUUCACCAACCCUGAGCCUGCUCUUGUAGACCUUCAUUGUAUGCUUUCACCUUCGCAAAAGUAUGAGCGAAAGGAUUCGACCGCUGAUGCCUUGAUGUCGUAUGAAAAUGACAUAAGUGGAACUCAAAUCUUCGGGAUGCGAGCAGAAGGUGACCGCGUAUACAUAACAGAAGAAGGAUUUACAAAAAUCCCUGCAAACGUCAAUGUAACUAUUCGUCUGUUUGGCACCCAUUUCUCAAUUCAUACAGAAUUGGCCUUUACCAGUGCCAGCCAACCCGCAGGAAGCAGAUGUGAUAACUUGCCAUUAACUAAAAUAGUUAAAGUAUCGAAAGAAAAUGUUAUAUCUGAAAAUGUUUUAGAAUUUGAAUUAGCCCUUCCAGUGUUAGAAGAUACCGAAAGUUAUUACGUAUGUGUGAAAGAGACUUAUGAAAAGGGAGAAGCUGUUAGGUGGGUGCAUCAAGGUGAUGAAGCAUGGAUGAAGAUUGAGCCAGUUGGUCGCAUUUUGCCAAUGUGGUUUCAGAUAUGUGUCAUAUGUUCUCUUCUCAUACUCUCAGGAUUAUUCAGUGGCUUGAAUUUAGGCUUAAUGGCAUUGGAUCGAACUGAGCUUCAAGUUAUAGAAAAUUGUGGUACAGAAACUGAGAAGAAAUACGCUCGCGUUAUAUCUCCUUUGAGAAAGCGUGGAAAUUAUCUUCUUUGUUCAUUGCUUCUUGGUAAUGUGUUAGUGAAUAGUACUCUUACUAUUCUCUUAGAUGAUCUAACCUCGGGCGUCAUUGCCAUCGUAGGGUCCACCAUUAGUAUAGUUGUUUUUGGUGAGAUUAUUCCACAAGCAAUCUGUUCCCGUCAUGGCUUAGCAAUAGGAGCCAAAACCGUUUAUGUUACCAAGUUCUUCAUGCUGGCCACUUUCCCAUUGUCAUUCCCUAUUAGCAAGAUUUUGGAUUGCGUACUUGGGGAAGAAAUAGGAAAUGUUUAUGACCGAGAGCGCUUAAUGGAAUUCAUUCGCGUUACUAAAGACUACAACAAACUAGAAAACGAAGAAGUUAACAUAAUAUCUGGCGCAUUAGAAUUGAAGAAAAAAACCGUGGCCGAUGUCAUGACUCAGAUCGAUGAUGUGUUUAUGGUACCUUAUAAUGCGAUUUUAAAUUUUGAAACCAUGUCUGAAAUUAUGAAGCAGGGAUACUCAAGAAUUCCUGUUUAUGAAGGCACUCGUAAUAACAUUGUAGCUUUGCUGAACAUCAAAGAUUUAGCUUUUGUUGAUCCGGAUGAUAAUUCUCCACUGAAAACUUUGUGUGAAUUUUAUAAUCAUCCUAUAAACUAUGUUUUUGAAGAUGAAACCUUGGAUGUUAUGCUGAAUGAAUUCAAAAAAGGUCGCUCUCAUAUGGCUUUUGUACGUCAUGUAAAUAACGAAGGAGAUGGAGAUCCUUUUUAUGAAAUAAUCGGGGUUGUGACUUUGGAAGAUGUAAUUGAAGAAAUUCUGCAGUCGGAAAUAAUCGACGAAACUGAUGUGCUAACUGAUAAUCGUAAGAAACAGAGAAGAAAAGAAGCUCAAGUUAAGCAAGACUUUUCAGACUUUGCAAAAUUAGGAGGAGGUCAGCAAGGAACCAACAUAAUAUCCCCACAACUUGCGCUUGCUACAUAUCAGUUUCUUUCAACAUCUGUUGAACCAUUCCGGAGUAUAUAUCUCUCUGAAACUGUGCUUAAAAGACUAAUGACACAAAAUAUAUUUUUCAAAACGAAGCCAACAAAUGAUGGGUAUGAUGAUCAGCCGAGUACACCUCUUUAUCAAGCAGGAAAGCCAGCAGAUUAUUUUAUUUUAAUUUUGGAAGGCCGUUGUCGAGUAACAGUGUGUAAGGAGAAUCUUGUAUUUGAAACUGGUCCUUUUAGCCAUUUUGGAAUUCCAGCGAUAACAGUAACAGUAAAUUCUAGUGACUUAUCUCAGCAGCACAUGCAUAGUUUAUCGAGUAUAUCUCUUAGUCCAGAUAACCCAGCAACCAAGACAUUUAUUCCUGACUACACUGUGGUAAUGAUAACUGAAACAUUAUACAUGAAAAUUCAUUGGGCUGUCUAUCUUGCUGCUUAUCGGGCUACACUUAUGGAAAGACAUCAUAAGUUAGACCCUGAAAAUGAAGAAAUGUUUAAUAAUAACUGGGGGAAAAACUUUCCCUUUUCAUCAACUGGCUCAUUAAAUCGUUUGCAGCCUGAGCAAACUCCCUUGAGUGUAAGUCCAGGACAAAAUAACCGUAAAAGAAGUGAGCAAAGUCCUGCUCCAAACCGAGCACCAAAUUUCAUUGCUGCUACUGAUGCAGCAAAAAGACGUGCCAGUGUUGAAGUUGGAUGCAUAAAUAGGUGUCCGGAAUCUGUUAUUGCUGUUGACGGAGCAAUAAAAAUUCCAAAAAUUAAAGAUUUAGCAAUUAAGUCAAACGUUAUGUGUAAUUCUUCAGAAAUUCCAAUGAUUGAUAUGCAACAUAAUCUAAAUAGUGUUGUGGAAGAUGAGAAUAGUCAUGAAAAUUUCGAUUCAGUUGAAAUUGUUGUUAGUAAAAAGCUUAAGGAUGGCAUUAAUGGGAAGAAAAAGGCAUCUGUAAAUGGUACUGCUGAACCAACUAAUGAAAGGACUAGAUUAUUAUAUCCCUCUGAAGCGUAGACAUGUAAUACUUAAAUUGAAUCUUUGUGAUUAAAAUGUUUCUUCAGGGAUAUUCAGAAAGUUAAUCCGUUAUAUAUUGAUACUCUAAAGUAUACAAAUAUAUAAUAAUAGUACUUGAUUCUGCAAAUUUGUUCAUUUGUAAGAAAAUGGAAAUUUUAAUCUCUAUUAAACCAUGUCUUCUAUCCUAUGCAUUUAUGCUGAAAUAAGUGAUUGAAGAGUUAUUUAGUGCAUCUUCAUUAUGAAAUUGUUUGAAAUAUUACAAACAAUACUAGUGAUAUAAUAAGAAACAUGUCUAAAAUUAUGUAUGCAUCGAAAAAUUGUUGAAUAUAUUUAAAUAAGCAGUUAUAAGUCUUUGUAACUGUUGUUUUGAGUUUAUUUUGUUUCCCUAGUGAUAUCG